UACCUGUUAACGAAAAUGUUCAAUAAGCAUUUUUUGCCAAAAUCUCCUAAUAUUUUACACUCCUAUGAUGAAGAAGAGGAUGAAGUCAUUAAAAUGAUCAAGCGUACAGGUUGUCUUAAUGAACACAACGACAUUAUGGAGUGUAUGUUCGAACAUAAGGAUUGGCGGAAGUGCCAAGACAAAGUAAAAGCCUUCCGGACUUGUAUGUCAAAAAAAAAUUAG